ACUAAUGAAGCAAAAUUAAACAUUUUUCUUGCUAUUUUUUUUCUUCUACAGUGAUUUUCCUAUCUUAUUCCCGAGAACCAAACACUCUGGUGGUCUGGACUGUUUGGUCAUCUGAAGAAAUGUGGAAGCUGAAGAUCGCGGAGGGAGGAAAUCCAUGGCUGCGCACUCUCAACAACCAUGUCGGCCGCCAAAUUUGGGAGUUCGAUCCAGACCUCGGAUCUCCCGAAGAACUUGCCGAAAUCGAAAAGGCUCGUCAGACUUUCUCCUCCACUCGAUUCCAAACGAAGCAUAGCUCCGAUCUCCUCAUGCGCAUUCAGCUUUCAAAGGAGAAUCCAUGCUCUCCACUGUUGCCCCAGGUCAAUGUGAGAGACACAGAAGAUGUUACAGAAGAGACGGUGACUAACACGCUUAAGAGGGCUCUGAAUUUCUAUUCAACUCUCCAAGCCCAUGAUGGCCAUUGGCCUGGCGACUAUGGAGGUCCCAUGUUUCUUAUGCCUGGCUUGGUAAUUACUUUGUCUAUCACUGGGGCACUGAAUGCAGUAUUAUCAGAAGAGCAUAAAAAGGAGAUACGUCGCUACCUUUACAAUCAUCAGAAUAAAGAUGGUGGUUGGGGCUUGCACAUUGAAGGGCCAAGCACCAUGUUUGGUUCGGUUCUGAGCUAUGUUACUUUAAGAUUGCUUGGUGAAGAAGCUAAUGAUGGGCAAGGGGCAAUGGAGAGAGGGGUUAGGUGGAUUCUGGACCAUGGUGGUGCUACUGCCAUUACAUCGUGGGGGAAAAUGUGGUUAUCAGUUCUUGGUGUGUUUGAAUGGUCUGGCAAUAAUCCCUUGCCUCCAGAGAUUUGGCUUCUUCCUUACUUCGUCCCUGUUCAUCCAGGAAGAAUGUGGUGUCAUUGCAGGAUGGUGUACUUACCGAUGUCUUACUUAUAUGGGAAGAGGUUUGUGGGUCCUAUCACACCAACGGUUUUGUCUUUGAGGAAGGAGCUUUUCACUGUUCCCUAUCAUGAAAUAAAUUGGGAUGAGGCGCGAAAUCUAUGUGCAAAGGAGGAUUUAUACUACCCGCAUCCCCUCAUUCAAGAUAUCCUUUGGGCAUCUCUUCAUAGGGGUGUUGAACCAAUUUUAAUGCGUUGGCCAGGGAAAAAGUUAAGAGAAAAGGCCCUCCGUACAGCAAUGGAGCAUAUACACUAUGAAGAUGAGAAUACUCGUUAUAUCUGCAUUGGACCUGUUAACAAGGUGUUAAAUAUGCUUUGUUGUUGGGUCGAAGAUCCUAAUUCAGAGGCUUUCAAGUUGCAUAUUCCAAGAAUCUAUGAUUAUCUGUGGAUUGCUGAAGACGGCAUGAAAAUGCAGGGUUAUAAUGGAAGUCAGUUAUGGGACGCUUCUUUUGCUGUUCAAGCAAUUAUUUCAACCAACCUUAUUAACGAGUAUGGUUCAACUCUAAGAAAGGCACAUACAUUCAUUAAGAACUCACAGGUUUCAGAAGAUUGCCCGGGCAAUCUUGACUUUUGGUAUCGCCAUAUUUCCAAGGGUGCUUGGCCUUUCUCCACAGCUGAUCACGGAUGGCCCAUCUCGGAUUGUGCAUCAGAAGGAUUAAAAGCUGUUCUCAUAUUAUCAAAACUUCCAUCAGAUAUUGUUGGUGAACCGAUAGAGUCAAAGCAGUUGUAUGAUGCUGUCAAUGUUGUUCUCUCAUUACAGAAUGGAGAUGGUGGCUUUGCAACAUACGAACUCACAAGAUCCUACGCGUGGUUGGAGUUGGUCAACCCUGCUGAAACUUUUGGUGACAUUGUCAUUGAUUAUCCAUAUGUCGAGUGCACCUCUGCUUCCAUUCAAGCUCUGGCAUCAUUUAAGAAAUUAUAUCCCGAGCAUAGGCGAGAAGAAAUAGAACAAUGUAUCAAGAAAGCUACUGCAUUCAUCGAAAAGAUCCAGGGAUCAGAUGGUUCAUGGUACGGUUCUUGGGGUGUUUGUUAUACUUAUGGUACAUGGUUUGGUAUAAAAGGAUUGGUGGCUGCAGGAAAAAGCUAUGAGAAUUCCGCUAGCAUCCGUAAAGCUUGCAACUUUCUGCUAUCAAAACAGCUUCCCUCUGGUGGCUGGGGAGAGAGCUAUCUUUCAUGCCAAAACAAGGUCUACUCUAAUCUUGAAGGCAAUAGGUCUCAUGUGGUCAAUACUGGAUGGGCUGUAUUGGCUCUUAUUGAUGCUGGGCAGGCCAAGAGAGAUCCGACGCCGUUGCACCGAGCAGCCCGGUGUUUGAUAAAUUCUCAAAUGGAAAAUGGUGAUUAUCCUCAACAGGAAAUCAUGGGUGUAUUCAAUAAGAACUGUAUGAUCACGUAUGCAGCUUACAGAAACAUAUUCCCAAUCUGGGCCUUGGGAGAGUACCGCUGUCGGGUAUUACAGGCUCAGGCCCAAUGAGUGAUAAGCCAAUACAUGUCUCUUCAAUAACUUUUUCCCUCAAGAUCUACAAUCAUAGUACUUAUUCUUUCUCCAUCUUAUUGUAACCAAUAUCAUACAUCUACCAUUUUGUAGAGCCAAGUAACCAAUUUGAAAACAGACAAGUCGUUGAAUAAGUUUGGAAGUUUGCGUGUACGAUUAUUAUCAUGCUUUAUUUAUUCUUCUCGCCCUCAAUGAAAACCAUAUAUUC